CUACCAACUAGGUUAUGUCGCAUUACAUAACCUCCAAAAUGUCAAACCCGUUAUAUUUUCGCGUUUUAAACCGAAAUUUAGCGAGGUUUUGCGUGAAAAAUGUUAGAAAGGCAUCGACACAAACACACGGCAAUGAGAAAGAGACGCAUUUUGGGUUCGAGACGGUGAAAGAGUCGGAAAAAGCUAAGAAAGUGCACGAAGUGUUCGAAAAUGUGGCGCAGAAUUACGACGUGAUGAACGACGCGAUGUCUUUGGGUAUUCACAGAGUUUGGAAGGAUAUUUUUUUGGAUCGGCUGAGCCCAACAAAAAAUACGAAAUUGCUGGAUGUAGCCGGUGGUACGGGGGAUAUAGCGUUCAGAUUUUUAAAUCACGUUAAAAACAGCAACCAGGAAGAAAAUUGUCACGUAACUGUGAUGGAUAUUAACAGUAACAUGGUUGAAGUUGGAAAGAUAAGAUCGGAGGCUUUAAAGUUUGAUAAAAGUGUUAUUAGUUGGGAAGUUGGGGAUGCCGAGUGUUUGCCCUUUAAAGAUAACUCUUUCAACGCGUAUACUAUCGCGUUUGGUAUAAGAAAUGUAACACAUAUUGAUAAGGUUCUUGAAGAAGCAUAUAGAGUCUUACAGCCUGGGGGUAGGUUUAUGUGCUUGGAAUUCAGCCAUUUACCAAACUCUGCAGCUCAAUGGGUCUAUGAUCAAUACAGCUUUCAAGUAAUACCAGUGUUAGGGAAAUUAAUUGCUGGGCAGUGGCAGCCCUACCAAUAUUUGGUGGAAAGUAUAAGAAAAUUCCCCGACCAAAAAAACUUUGGAUCUAUGAUUGAAAGUGCCGGCUUUAGAAGUGUAACAUACGAAAAUUUGACAUUGGGGGUUGUAGCAAUACAUUCUGGCUUUAAACUGUAAUUUCUCAAUUAAAUCUGUAUUUAUUAAUUGUUGUUUUCUUCGCCUUUAAAAUUACGUUUACACCGCUAAAAUCGGUCAAAAACUAAUUAAGUUAUGACCACUUCUAACCCAUGGUGUUUUGAUGUUGGUAAAGGUUUAGAAAAAUCGCCAUAACUUUGCUAAUUUUUG